GAAUGCAAUCUGUCAUCUCAGACUACUCCACCGAACAUCUCUAUCAGCUCAGACCUCAGAGUCUCGGUCUCUCUCAACCCUAACCCAUUCAUACAAAACCCACCAUGCCAAACUGGGCAGGACAAGGUGUUGAAUUUGUAUAGUGGCCAAGCCAGACAGCCAGUCUUUGCUUGUUACAAUUUUGAUCUUUGAUGGCGGAAUUGGUUGGUCCGAGGCUUUACAGUUGCUGCAAGUGCCGAAACCAUGUCGCCCUUCACGAUGAUAUCAUUUCUAAAGCCUUUCAGGGAAGAAAUGGUCGAGGCUUUCUCUUCUCAUAUGCAAUGAAUGUUACAGUGGGGCCUAAAGAAGACCGACCCCUCAUCACUGGUCUGCACACGGUUGCGGAUGUCUACUGCUGCGACUGCCAUGAAUUGCUGGGCUGGAAGUAUGAACGAGCCUUUGAGGAAACACAGAAAUACAAGGAAGGGAAAUUCAUUCUAGAGAAAUCAAAAAUAGUGAAGGAAAACUGGUAGCCUGUGCAGUAUCUAGUUAUCUGUCUGCCUUCAACUGUAAGUUUAUGGGCGCCUCUAUUCAUCUUGUUUCAAAAGUUCCACCAAUUGAAAAAGUUCAAUUAUUGUUCUUCAGUGGGCAUUCCUCCCUUCUUUGUUCUGUGAAUAUUGUACUCAGGAUAAUUGAUUUGUUACUAACUUGUGAAUAAAUUUAUAAUAAAGUUUGUGAAUCAUUCAAU